AAACCCCUUCAAGAACGCCUUCGCCUCCUCCCCGUAGCUUCAGAAACGUAUUCGUCUUCUGCGAUGGAGAAAAGCGGCGCGGCGGCGGCGGCGGCGGUGGCGAAGGAACACCUCGGCCUGGAGAUGGCGGCGCCGGCGGACUCCGCCACCCAGAGGCUCCCGUUCUUCGGCCGCAGGCGAUCGGAGAACACGUGGGUGGUCUCCCUCUUCGUGGUCGUCCACCUCGUCGCCUUCUUCGUCACCAUGUUCGUCAACGACUGCCCCGGCCGCUCUGGCGGCGACUGCGCCCUCCGCCCCCUCGGCCGCUUCUCCUUCCAGCCCUUCUUCGAGAACCCUCUCCUUGGACCCUCCUCCUCCACGUUGGUUAAAGUGGGAGCCCUUCAACGGACCUUUGCAAUUCAACGACAUGAAAAAUGGCGCCUUGUGACAUGCCCAUGGUUGCAUGCUGGUGUCAUACAUCUGAUUCUGGACCUUCUGAGUACAAUUUUUUUAGGUGUUCACUUACAGCAGGAUUUUGGCCCUGUGAGGACUGGGGUGAUAUACCUACUCUCUGCUUUUCUAGGCAGCGUGGUAUCCUCAAUUUUUGUCCAGCAUGUUCCAGUUGCAGGGUCGUCUGCUGCUUUAUUUGGAUUCCUUGGUGCCACACUAUCCGGAUUAAUUCGUAACUGGCAGACGUAUGCCAAUAAGGUGACAGCAAUAGCAGUGCUGUUAUUUGUGGCUUCCAUGAACUUUUCUGUGGGCUUGCUGCCGCGUGUUGAUAACUUUGGAAACAUUGGAGGCUUCCUAUCAGGAAUUCUUCUUGGAUUUGCGCUUCUUUUUAAUCCUCAGUUGUCGCAGUUGGAACGGAAGAAAGGCCUCUUUGACUACGAUUUAAAUAGAACCGUUAAAUUGAGGCAAAAACUAGAUAAGCCAGCAUUGAGGAUUGUUGCUCUGGUCUUCUUUUUCGCAAUUCUUGCCGGAGGGCUUGCAGCAGCAUUUCAUGGAGUAAAUGCAAGUGAGCAUUGCGGCUGGUGUCAUUAUAUAAACUGUGUACCCACCAAAAUGUGGAGCUGCAACGAGCAAGCAGUUCCUUGUGAGGAGAUGGUGAGCAACGGCCGGCUGACAUUAACGUGCAUGCGCGGUGACAAGUUCCGGACAUACCCUUUUGCCAACAUCUCACAGGAGAGGAUUGGAGACCUGUGCAGUCUCAUCUGUUCCUGAGCCUCUCUGUAUUCUUGGAGCUGGACUUCGUCUUUUGCUCCAGGAACAACGAGGAUUGGGCUUUGGGAAGUUUGUUGAGUUGAGCCCUCCCUCUCUCUUCUCUUUUAUACUUUGAUGUAACCUGAUGGACUUCCAGACGACUCGUGCAUUUUCUUGGAUGAGUGCGAAAUCAAGAUUUCGAACGGAAAAGGAAAUUUCUUUAGCAUAACUCAACACUAUGGUUUA